AGUUGCCGACGACGAAGCGCUGAUCGACGCUCUCUUUAUGGUUGCGAGGGACUUCAUGUUCUUUAGCUUCCGCCCCAUAUUUGUCCCCGUGAUUUGGUCGCUGUCAGUCUCUCGCUUGAGAUCAAAGAUGCUCGCUAUCUUGAGUUGACUUCGGAUCGGUCAGACCAAACGUUCGUAGUCGGCAGCAUGAAGGUAGAUGACACCCAGCGGCUAGAGGUGAUGGCGUCACAGCAACACCUACGCCUCUUCUCUAUAUACAUCACCCUCGUCUCCUCCCCGUAGCUGCCACCGACGCAGCCCAAACGAACAAAGAGCGUAAGACUGUGGUCGCUUACGGACGGUGACGAUGGGCUCCCCCCGCACGAGCGGCAGCGGCUCGCUGAUGCUGUUCCUCAAGGCGGCGCUCGCCUCUGCCGCGGUGGUGGUAACGACGGCCGUGAUGCUCCACGCGGGUCCACCCAUCCGACGGCUCCUCGCCACCGAGGUCCCCCGGGCGUACGCCUCGCUCGUGGCCUGGCUCACACCGCCCUACCUCUACUUCGUCCUCAACGCCAUAAUCCUCUCCAUCGCCGCUGCCUCCCGCUUCCACAAACCGUCCGCCGACUCUACCGAUCGGGUACCUGUUUCUCCGGCAGAGAUGGUGGUUCACCCACCGGACUACAUGCUAGUCGCCGCCGCGUCGGAGGAGUACUAUGGCGGUGGUGAGCAGGAGGCGAUGGUGUUGGGCCAGGAGGAGACAGUGGUGAAGGCGGAGGCAGCGGGAGAAGAAGAAGAAGUGGAGCAGGAGCUCGUUUCAUCGAGGUCGAGCUGGACUCCAGACCGCACGGCGUCGCCGGAGUUCCCGACGGAGAAACCGCUAGUUUCCGUGAGGUUAGGUCACCGCAAGAACCACAAGUCCACCCCCGACGGUAAGGCGCUGCGGAGAGUGGCGAGGCCGAGGCGGGAGGAGACGCUGGAGAGCACGUGGCGGGCGAUAACGGAGGGCCGGGCAGUGCCGCUGGCGCGCCACCUCAAGAAGUCCAACAUGUGGGACACACGCGCCGCCCUCGAAGAUGCGGAAGCACCGGAAACGGCGGCGGUGACGCGGAAGUCGGAGACGCUCAGCGACCGCGAGACUGCAACGCCGCAUUCCGGUGGAGGCGGCGGGGAGUCAUCAUCGUCGUCGACGUCGACAACGACGUCGGGAGUGGGACGGGGGAUGCUGCGGAGGGAGCCGUCGCUGGGGCAAGAUGAGCUGAACCGGCGGGUGGAGGCGUUCAUAAGAAAGUUCAACGAGGAGAUGAGGUUGCAGCGGCAGCGGUCGCUGCAGCAGUUCGCGGAGAUGAUCGACCGUGGGAGUCACUGAUCUACCAAUAAUAGUAGAACACAAAAGAGACGAGGGAAAGCGUUUCAGGGUAGGAUGAAAGAGAUGGAAGAAUGACUACUUGUUUGUUGGUGUAAUUGCCUUUCUUUCUGUGUUUUGUUUAUGUUUUAGGCUCUAAUUCUGUGCUGUACUUUCUCUGUAUUUACUUCAAAUUAUACGUGGAUAUAUCAUAAAUGCAAUUGCGACCGUUACAGCCAA